UGACAAUGACAAAUAUUGGAGAAAAAGUUGUGUGCCUGGUUGCGUACCAUAUAUUUUUCAUGCUGUUCGUCUGGUCAUAUUGGAAAACAAUCUUUACGCUACCAAUGAAUCCUUCAAAAGAAUUUCAUCUAUCGUAUUCAGACAAGGAAUCCUUAGAGAGGGAGCCUAGAGGUGAAUCCCAGCAAGAAGUCUUAAGACGGGCAGCCAAGGAUCUUCCUAUCUAUACACGGACAAUGUCUGGAGCAAUCAGAUACUGUGACAGAUGCCAUCUUGUAAAACCAGAUCGUUGCCAUCACUGUUCUGUAUGCGACAAAUGCAUUUUGAAAAUGGAUCAUCAUUGCCCUUGGGUGAACAACUGUGUAGGAUUCUCCAAUUACAAAUUUUUUCUUCUCUUCUUGGCUUACUCUCUACUGUAUUGCCUUUUCAUUGCUGCAACGGAUUUACAGUAUUUUAUCAAGUUUUGGACAAAUGGCCUUCCUGAUACUCAAGCCAAGUUUCACAUCAUGUUUUUAUUCUUUGCUGCGGCUAUGUUUUCUGUCAGUCUGUCUUCUCUCUUUGGGUAUCAUUGUUGGCUUGUCAGCAAGAAUAAGUCUACGUUAG